UCGUCGAAUAGUAGGCGGAACGACGGUUCAGCCCCAUCAGUAUCCUUGGCUGGUGUCACUUAUGCUUGGCCCAAAGCUUCAUUGCGGUGGAGCCAUUAUAACAGACCAGCACAUCCUGACCGCUGGACAUUGUAUAACAUUUGGUGUGAGCUUCAAAGACCUGACAGUAAACGUUGGUAUGCAUGACCGUUUAGGGUCGUCAUUUACUGUGGUGCGGCUAAAACAUGGGGUGAAGCACCACGCCUUUACUUCGAAUGCCGUUCGGGAUAUAAACGAUAUUGCUGUUCUGACUUUGGAUAGAAAACUGAACUUUUCCGACACAGUACGACCCAUCUGUCUACCCGAUGAGAAUAUGGAUUUUCGAGACACGUUUUUAACUGUAGCUGGCUGGGGAAAGACUAGGCAAGGAGCCCUGACUUCCUCCCGAUACUUAUUGGAGACCAGGGUUAAGUUAGUGGAUAUGCGGACUUGUAGUAAGGCAACAAUUUAUAAAGAUAAUCUUGUAAGUGACACUAUGGUUUGUGCUUACAAUAUUGGAAAAGAUGCAUGCCAAGGAGACAGCGGAGGCCCGUUGUUUGCAACACACAAUAAAACCCGAAACAAGAAGUGGUACCAAGUUGGUAUAGUUUCAUGGGGAAUCGACUGCGCAAAGAAAGAUUAUCCAGAUUGUGGGAGACCAUCGGAUACCAUAGUAUCAAUGAGGAUUGUUGGGGGUAGACGAGCAGAGCCACAUUCAUUUCCAUGGACAGUUGCGAUCCUUAAAAACGAGAGAAUGCAUUGCGGUGGAGCGAUGAUAACUGACAGACAUAUUCUGAGUGCAGGACACUGUUUUAAAUGGGAUAAUAUUCAAGAUAUGAUGGCAUUGAUUGGUCUGGAUAACUUGGACUAUUUAGCCGAGGUGGAGAAAAGGAAUAUAUCUAGUGUGAAAAUACACGAGCGUUUUACGUCCACUGCGGUUCGCGAUGAAAACGAUAUCGCUGUUGCUACUUUAAAUACACCAGUGGAUUUUAGUGAUAACAUUGUGCCUAUAUGCCUUCCGAAACCAGGCCAAGAUUUUUCCAAUAGGGUAGGCACAAUAGUUGGUUGGGGUCGGGUUGGCGUUGAGAAGACCUCUUCAAAGGUUCUCUUAAAGGCGAGCCUACGAAUAUUGACAGAUGAAGAGUGCAUCAAGUCGAAACUGUCACAGCAUCUAAAGCCGACCAUGAUGUGUGCAUUCUCGAAGGGAAAAGAUGGCUGUCAGGGUGAUAGUGGAGGCCCUCUAUUGGUGUUUGAACCAGAUGGACAUUACGUUCAAGCAGGAGUAGUAUCAUGGGGUAUCGGAUGUGCUGAUUCAAGGUAUCCAGGCGUUUACACAAAAGUUAGUAACUACAUAGAUUGGGUCAAACGACAUUCUUCCAGUGGCGAGACAUGCGACGAAUAAAAUAAUUAUGUGUUUCCGCUACAUGUAUUUGAAUUAUUUAUAU